AUGUCAUCUGAGGGUCAUCUACCAACGGUUCCUAUCCCCGAGGAUAGCCCGAUUUCGGCCAUCCCAACUUCGAAAUCAGCCGCUGCAGAGGAAAACAGAAUUCUGCGUCUCCGCAUGAUGGAAAUGUGGGAUGCCUGGUCUAAUGGUAAGGAACCACCAAGUGUGAUCCCUGGAUUCCCCGAGCUACUUCCCAGGGUGUUGAUGUCAGGCACAACCUCCAAUAUAUUCACUGCGCCACCUUCUUCAGCCCCGGCGCAACCCACUCUGCCAAGGCCAAACUUUGAUCCAUCAUCCUUCACCUUUCAAGCACCAUCUUUCCCACUAGAACCUACCCAGUUCACUACCAAUACUUACCCUCAGCAUCCCCGGUACGAGUUUACCCCGGGACAGGAGAAAACCUCAAAGAACCCUGAACAAGAGGAGAUUGCCCGAAAAAUGAGGAGUAUGGAGCAAAGUCUAAAAAAUAUACAAGGUUUGAAUGGGCAAAAGAGCGUAUCUUACGCUGACCUGUGUAUGUUCCCACACGUGCAUCUACCCUUGGGUUUCAAAACCCCGAAGUUUGAAAAGUAUGACGGGCAUGGGGAUCCCAUAGCCCACCUCAAAAGGUACUGCAAUCAAUUGCGGGGAGCAGGUGGAAAAGAAGAGCUCCUCAUGGCUUAUUUUGGAGAGAGCCUGGUCGGUAUUGCUUCUGAAUGGAACUCAUUGUCAAAUCUAAAGAAAAAGUCCUCGGAAAGCUUCCGAGAGUAUGCUGUCAAAUGGCACGAACAAGCAGCCAGAGUCAAACCUCCAAUGGAUGAAGUGGAGAUGGUCAGUGUUUUUCUUCAAGCCCAAGAGGCAGAUUAUUUUCAGAAUAUGAUGUCUGCGAUGGGAAAACCAUUUGCCGAAGCCAUCAAAAUUGGCGAAAUGGUCGAGAAUGGGUUAAAAACAGGGCGUAUAUUGAGUCAGUCUGCUAUAAGGGCUACCUCCCAAGCCAUUCAAGGUGGGUUUGGAGGUGUAGCAAACCGAAAGAAGAAGGAAGAAGCGGCAAUGGCAACUUCAAGUGUAAGAAAACCCCAUCCAUCCAAACCUUACUUCGAUACAAGUACCCCACAACAUUACUAUCCCCAUCAAGAUGCGGCCUAUGCUAUGGCUCCUCGGCCAUACGCAGUGAUGAAUGCACAACCAUACGUUAAGCCACAACAACAAUUCAAUCAAAACCAAGCUCCAUUUCCCAGAAAUCAACCUCCUUACCAAGCUCAGUACAAUCCCCGACCUCUACAGAACAACUUCCCCUACAAUGCCCGCACCCUGGAACCACCCAAGAUGGCAAACUUCACACCCAUUGGUGAGUCAUAUUCCAGCCUUUUCCCCAAACUUGUCCAGAUGGGUUUGUUGCAGCCUGUACCCCAAACCAUGCAGAACCCAGCGUCGCCCGCUUACAGAGCCGGUACUCGAUGUGCUUACCACUCAGGGGCGGAAGGGCAUGAUACAGAUGAUUGUUGGACCCUAAAAAGGGCUGUGGAAAACCUCAUAGAACAGAAGCGAAUAGUGCUAAAGGACGAAGACGUUCCUAAUGUAACCAACAAUCCAUUACUGGCUCACAAUAACGGGCCGAUUAUUGGAAUGAUCUGUGAAGAUAGAGAGUUUGAACCAGCUCUAAAAGCCAUCAUUGCCAUAGCCGAUGUGGAAUAG